AUGGGCAACGUGGAGAAUCAAACGACUUCUAUUUGUGCUAUAAGAGGACGCUGGGGGAUUGUUAAUGUCGUAGUGGACGAUACAGCUCCAAGCGUUAAUGGGCACAUCCCGCCUGAUGGCAUUGAACAAAUUUACUUCAUGUUAAAACUGCCCACCUUGAAAUCAACAGGCUCAGACCAACCAAAGGAUCAACGGCGGCGGACCUUCACUUGA